UAAGGCACGUGCGCAUCUUUCUCGUACCCCUGGCCAUCAGUAUCAUUCCAUUGCUCAAAUCAAAAAGAACUUUUUAGAAACUGACAUAUUUUAUGAACAAUUUUUAACUUUAGCAACAACCGAUGACGUUAAUAUUUAAAUAAAGGUAUCUCCGAGUCGUCAACCGAAGAAACUUCCCUUGAACUGAAUAAGCACUUUAAAAGACAAUGCCAAGCUCCCGGAAAAUGAUUUUGGGGCACGUGAUGUCAGAUUUGUGCUCAAAAAUGAACCGCACGAAGCAGCUGCCACGAGACGUCAUGGAAACUCCACUGAACCGCUGUCUUAACACUUUCGACAUUACUUUAUUAGGCGUCGGGCACAUGAUCGGUGCGGGGAUUUACGUCCUAACUGGAACGGUAGUUAGAGAUAUUGCAGGACCAGGAAUCAUUUUGUCUUUUUUAUUGGCCGGAUUGGCGUCUUUAUUAUCGGCGUUGUGCUACGCCGAGUUCGGCACCAGGGUCCCCAAGGCAGGGUCUGCUUACAUUUACACGUAUGUAAGUAUUGGAGAGUUCUGGGCUUUUGUGAUUGGAUGGAACAUUAUUUUGGAACAUAUGAUAGGAGCCGCUUCAGUUGCACGAGCUUGGAGCGGUUACGUCGAUUCCCUAUUCGGGGGUAGCAUCAGCAACGCAACGGCAAAGAUCACGGGGGAGUUACACGAAGAACUACUAGGACGUUAUCCCGAUCUGUUGGCUUUUACCGUAUGCGUAGUAUAUGCCAUACUGCUGGGAAUUGGGGUGAAAGGCUCGGCGAUGAUCAACAGUUCGUUAACCGUUGUGAAUUUGGCGGUGAUGACAUUAGUGACCAUUGUGGGGUUUUAUUACGCAAACGCCAACAACUGGUCCUCCCAGAAUGGAGGAUUUCUUCCAUACGGAUUUGGAGGUGUACUAAAAGGGGCAGCUACCUGCUUUUACGCAUUUGUUGGCUUUGACAGUAUCGCCACCUCGGGAGAAGAGGCAAGGAACCCGUCAUUUUCCAUACCAAUCGCAACAGUACUAUCAAUGUGUAUUGUUACCGUGGGAUACGUUUUGGUAUGCACAGCAUUAACGUUGCUAGUCCCUUACUACAUGAUUAAUCCCGAAGCCGCCCUUCCGGAGGCAUUUGCCAACAUAGGAGCGCAAUGGGUAAAAUACGUCGUUUCCUUAGGCGCCAUUUGUGGAAUGACCACAACGUUAUUCGGAUCCUUAUUCUCGUUACCUCGAUGUAUGUACGCAAUGGCCAGCGAUGGCCUUCUCUUUGGGUUCUUGGGAAACGUUAAUUCGAAAAUUCAAAUUCCGCUCACAAACCUCAUCAUCUCAGGAAUAGCGAGCGGUUUAAUCGCCUUACUGUUUGACCUGGAAAAGCUGGUCGAAUUUAUGUCCAUAGGUACUUUGCUAGCGUACACCAUAGUGAGUGCCUCCGUCAUUAUUCUUCGCUACCGACCACCUCCAAUGAUUAUAUCUCGUAAUAAUUCGUCGCUUGUUUCCGAAACGUCUGCCACAAACUCGCAGGCAACAACACCGGUGUCGGAUAUACAAAUGUUAGUGGGCACCUUAAAACCCCAAUACAAUUGGUUAAAUCCGUUAUUUGGUCAAUGUGAGCCUGGUUCGGUUGUAACUGGAGCAGUAUUUAUUUUCGCAUGUGUCAGCGGGGCACUCUGCGCGCUGUUACAGUUGUAUACGAAAGAUUUAUGGAAUGGAAUAUGGUGGGUGAUCUUGUUAAUAUUAUUCUUCGUUUUAAUUAUGGCAGGAUGUAUGUUGGUAAUCAUCGCACAUUAUCAAAACAUCGAUGCGGGUUUGAAGUUUCGAGUACCGAUGGUGCCCAUAAUACCCGCAUUAAGUAUAUUUUGUAACUUGGUUAUGGCCCAUUUAAACAUAUUAACGUGGUUAAGGUUCCUAGUGUGGAUGAUCGUCGGAUUGUUAGUCUAUUUUCUGUAUGGCAUUCAUUAUAGUAAAGAAGGAGAGAGCAAUUCGACAUAUUCAAUGUUGAUGGCCUCAUCAGAGGCGGUGAAGGAGAAGUGGGGAGCAACGACUAAAUCGAAAAUUCAUUCGGCUUUAUCAAAACGUAAAAUGUGCGAAGAAAGGCAUCCUAUUAUUGAUGACCCAGCUGUCCCAUAAUAUAUGUGUCGGAAAGUACCCAAUAACAAAGAACUAGAGUACCGACAUCAAUCGCAUUGCCGCCUUAGACAAUUUACCCUUCUACAUGCACAAAGUGUUAAAGACAAAUUUAUUUAUACCUAUAAGUAUAAGGUGUAAUUAAUAUAAAUAAUAAACUCUAAUCGUCUACAA